AUGAACAAGUCGGACAAGGACGACACAAAACCACAGAGCAACUUCUUCUCAUUCAAGGCAAGCGACUUCUUUCACCUUUCAGUGAAGCCACAAUUGGCAGAUACUGACUUGUUAAAAGUCUACCAAACAACACUGGAAGGCUAUUUCACGGAAAGUAAGCCAAUUUCUGAGGCUUCUUCACAACAAAAAAAGUACAUCAUUUGCGACGAAAAGGCUAAAGACUUACUUGAACUGACUAUUGGUCUCGACUUACAAAAAAGUCCGUGUAAAUUUGAGGACAUUUAUUUGUUAGGCUCCGAGUUCCAAACAAAUGCCCUUUCAGGCGCUUACGUUUUCUUUGUAAUUUCGAAGGUGGAGUCGUAUGAAGAAGUUGAUAAGACCAUUGAAAAACUCACGGCGACAAGCUCGGAGAACCCACACAUCACGGUGUUUCGAUGCUUUUCGGGAACAGAAAUGUGGGACUUAGAAAUCAUGUUUGGCUUCGACAACUUCACGAAAAGGUAUAAAACAGAACGAGGCGAGAACGGAGAGAAAAUAGACGUCCAAGAGAAGUAUAAAGUUGAUUACAUCGAGAGACUCCCCAUUGUCAUGCCAGUCAUUAUGGAUGACUUGGUAUCUUUACAAAUUGAUGAUGCAUUCGCAAGAUUGUAUUGUUACUAUGAUGUUGGCAUUGUACAAUUGUCCGCAGAGGGUAUCAAUAAUCUGCAGCGGAUUAUAGGGCGCUUCCCGCGCAUCCGAAGUGUCGGAGAGUAUUCUAAACGACUUGGAGAAUUGAUUGGACAACCUCUUGGUGACACUCCAAUAUCAAAGGAUUUCAUGGAAUGUAUCAUCUUUGAUCGUACUUUAGACAUGUUAACGCCAAAUGUGAAGUCGAUGGCGUAUAUGUCCCUUCUUGAUGAGUCCGAGAAUUUGAAUGGGGACUGUUCGACGAUAACGACUGAAUCGAGUAUCAUUGGAAGUGCGACACAAGUCCAAGCCCUCAUUGAAUAUGCCAAAAAUAAGAGUGAGAUGAGGUAUCCCCUCUAUUGUAAUGAUUUCAAACUGAUUUGCGAUUUAUAUAUCGGUUCGGUCCAACCAGAAAUUGAUAAAGUGGCUCAGAGAAUUAAAGCAGACGAUUUAACAGCAGAACAAAAUAAAGAUGAGACACAAAGAAGUCUGAUAUCGUACGUUAGAAUGCCUAUUAGACUACAGUCGUAUGUGUUUAAUGACUGCCACGUGGAAUAUGUGAGUAAGAUUCUGUCUUCAUUGUUAUGCGACAUGAGUGACGACAUGAUGAAAGUGAAGUACUAUUUGAAAGACUGCGUCGACUACUCCUUUGGACGGUUUUUCGGACUGAAACAAAACCCAUUUGACUCUGUUGAGGAAAUGAUCUAUGAAAGUCCGACUCUUUCCACUUCGAAAUUUCCAUCAUUUUUUGGUCGUGAAACAUUUCCGGAUAACAUUGCACGAGUUCUUGGAAGACUUUCAAUGUUGUGUGGAUUGUACAAUGGAAUGGAGUCUGAGGACUUUGAUAAGUAUCAGAAACUACUCACAGACGUUUAUGGCAUUUGGGUCACAUCUGUGUUGGCUAAGAUGGAGAAGGUCGAGUUCUUAUUUAGAAAAGGAACACCCAAUUUGAGAAGAAAGGCAUUCCCUGAAAUCAACUCGGUGAUGCCAAGUUAUUCAGACGGAAGUGAUAACCCAAGAAGUCAAGUUGCAGGCGACUUUGAUCCGAUUGAAAUGAAUUAUAUGCACUACCAACCACUCUUUUCACAAUACCUCAAAGAUUAUUUGGAGUUCAUUCAAGCAACACAAAACGAGAUGACACAAAGAGAAAACAAUGAGGAAAUGGAAUACACUCUUCAACGAAAGCUUGAAAAAAGAAGAGAGCGAGAGAGGAAAAUUAGAAAUGGCGAACGAGUCGAUGACGACGAGGAAGACGAAGAAACAGACGAACACGGUGUACCUCUAAUUAAGCACACCAACUUCGUACCAGUCAAAAGUAAAGUUGAAAAUGAAGAGUAUCAGAAAAUGAAGUUUGAACAUAAGACACAGUUGGAUUCAUUAUUCACUGGCUGUGAUGAGGAAUAUACAAAAAUCGUUGGCGAGUCGGAUAUAAACGCGCCGUACAUUUUUGUGUUUGUCAUAGGUGGUAUUACUCUCGGAGAAAUUUCAAUGCUCAGACUUAUUGCUCAAAGGUAUGGUAAAAAAGUUAUCAUUGGGUCAACCAACAUUCUGAGAAAGAAAACGUCCAUCCCACACCAAAUCGUGAACGCGUGCUACGAGGAAUACACACGCAUCAACACAACAAUAAAUUAA